AAAAUAACUAUCUUAUGUUUCAGUCAUUUGGACAAUCAUCAUUCUUUCUAAUGGUGUUUAAAUCAUUUGUUCAUCAAUACUGCUUUAUAUCCAAAAUCACACCUGACAAAGACGUUAUUGUCAUGGCUGAUGAAUUUUGGAGGCAAUUUUAUGGGAAAAUUUUCAAAGGUGGUCAAUCAACUCUUUAUUUAGGAGAUAGAUUUUGGAACGUUAAGAUGGACGGAUUAACUGACAGCUGUGUUUUUACUCAUGGAUGUUCUAAGAUGGUAAACGAUCUUGCCUUAGACAGCCGAUCUAUCUUUGUCUUUUCAAUGGUUGGAAAUAAAAUUUUCGAGCUUUCAGUCUUUAAUCAUCAAACCAGUACUCAAAUUCAGAACAACAAGGUUGAGUUAGUUGUUUUGGAUGACUCCAUCUAUGGUGAUGAUGGUGAUGAUUUGGUUAUUGCGUCCGAACAUAAGGAGAAGUGUAGUACUGCCGAAACUGACUUUCAGGAAAGUGUUGUUGUGGAAUGUGAAGACGACAAAUUUCAGUUGGCAAGUUUUGAGUCUGUGUUCAAUGAUAUUGAUGAUUCGAAGUUUGAUAACGUUUUCUCAUCUCUACUUGAAAUGGAAGACCUUAAGAAGAAGGACAAAAGCAAUUUUGAGAUGGACCUGGACAAAUUUUUGAUACCGAAGAAUAACUCCCAUGUUGAUCCUACACGAAAAACAAAUAUUUUUAUUUCUGAACCGAGUUUGUCCUCCAUAGUUGUUUCUGAUACCAUUCCGAAAUAUAAAGUUGAUGUUGGUCAAAUUGUUUUGCCGAUAAAGAGGAAUGUAUAA